AUGUCGGUCGUGACGAGUAACAUGAUGGGUGGACACAGAGACAGUCUCUUCUCGCUGUCGCUACAUGACGAGACUUCCUGUUGUUCAGAGUUGUCCUGGGACAGUAGUGACGGAGAUGAUUCUGAUUCGACGGACUCGUUCAUUUCUGAUGAUUAUCUAGAUGCGCAGCUAAUGAGAGGAGAUUUUAUCCUCGAGAAACCCCUGGAUGCAAACGAGCUGGAUCGCAUGUUUGACUGGGGGGCUGGGUACAAGGCUCCUCGCAAGUUCACAGAAUCGGUGCAUGACUUCGCUAUGAAAGUUCCCACUCGAAGAGAUUCCAUGACUGAGGGUGACACAGAUGACAGCUUUCUUGUAGACGAAGGUGAUGAGUUCCGAAGCGAUAUUUUUGGAUCCACUCGAAGUGAUGCUUUUGAGUCAGUCGUCGCCGUAAUCUUAGAUGAAUUUGAAUUCAAAGAUCUGGAUUCUUUAGACUCACGGCUGAGCUUUGAAGAAACGCCUUCUACUUCCAAUGGGAGGAACAACGAAAGCUGCACUGGUAAGAAGAACCUGAUCACCCAAGCCACGCAUAUGUCUUGCACGGUGGAGGAUGGAGGAGCAGAGUCAAUUGCUGACUCUGCAUAUGGAUCCAACUCCAGUACAUUGGAAGACCGAUGGACGGAGGUCGGAACUCACGAAAAGUUAAGCCCUAGUGUCAAUAGGUGGAGAGAGGGAUUGACUCCUGACAAAAGUCUGAGACCAAGCAUAGAACGACCAAUGAUGCCACCGCCGAGGAGAAGACCCAGGAACAGUGGGGACGAUUGGGGAGUCACCAAAAGGCAUUCCAUGAAGAGCUCUUCCUUGCACUUCGAAAUCAUCAAUUCGCAAAUCCAAUCCGAAUUGGGACUAAGAAUGUCCGACUCUCUUCCAGCACAGAAGAUCAUGGAAGCAAUCAUGUCUGUUUUGCAAAACCCAGGCUGUCAAGAAGAGUCGAAAGAAGAAUCGAAAUACGAUCAAUAG